AUGAACCUCACCUGGCCUUCUGCCGUCAGUUAUAGCCGUGCUGAUAUCUGUCUUCAUGACACGGGUGUUUCCUCUUUACCGGAAGUCAAAGAUACCCUCACGCUAGGGAAGCACGAAGGUCUUGAUAGCUUCCCCGAGACUACGGCUGAAAACGAGAUCAGGCUUCUGCGUUUGCUGCCUGAUCAGGAUGAUGGUCCGAUCCAUGGAGAUCUACAGGUCUCAUCUUUGAAAAGCGCCUCACCUCCAUCUUACCAGGCCCUGUCGUAUACUUCGUCUGAUGAGCCUGGUGAUACGCCAACGAGGAACUGCCCUGUAUAUAUUGGCCCGUACUGGGAUAUCAUUUAUGUGACAAAGAACUGCGAAGAUGGGCUUCGAGCUAUUCGAUAUCAGGGUACGGAGCUACCUGUUUGGGUUGACUCGGUUUGCAUAAACCAGCAAGAUGCCGCCGACAAGACGCAACAGGUCGGCUUAAUGAACGAUAUUUAUGCAAAGGCAUUCCAGGUGACAGUAUUUGUCGGAAACCCUUCUCCAGAUAGCGACAGGGCCCUUAAACUCCUAAACCUAUUUGCGAAUGGAUCGCUGGUGUCCAGCCGGGUGGCGGCCACUGAGGAGAAAUCGCAAACCGCUCUUAAAUCUCUUUUCCAGCGUCGUUGUUUUUCAAGGCUAUGGGUUAGUCAUGAAACUGUUGCUGCUAGCCGCCUUGAAAUACUCUGUGGUCAGCGCUCGGGGACUUGCCCAUGUUGGUCUUCUCUGCCCAACGUCUUACGCAACUGUGUUCCGCCCUGGCUGUUUAAGUUGUGGAAAGAAGAUAUACGUACGGAUAUUUCCGGCAUACUGCACCAUGCUAUCACACAUGAAUGCUCAGACCCUCGUGAUAAGAUAUUUGCGGGUCUUGGUCUUCUAAACGAGUCGGAGAUUAGCCCAGACUAUAAUCUUCCUGUCGAGGUUAUAUAUACAGGAAUCACUGCAUACCUCUUAAAGAAUCGUCUUGACUUUCGGCCGCUAAAUUUGCUCGGAACCGGCAGCCGGCGUCCUAACUUACCGUCUUGGGUUCCUGACUGGUCUCAGCCCCUAGACCCGUCCGUUCGUGUUGAUUUGGAGUUCAAUACAAAGAUAGACAACGGGACAGAGCACCCCUUUUGUGUGUAUUUUCCUUUCUCGUUUGAUACCUGGUCACUGCCGCGGUCUUGGUCUGGACAUGCGAUAGAUAUUGACGCAAAUGGGUCGCUGGUUAUCCCUGCACUCAAGAUAUGCGAUAUUUCUCCCACGGAUAAAGUGCUUGUGGGUCCCGAUCAUCAACUUGUUAUAGCGUUAGAUCGGAGUCACCAUGGCACCAUAUUGGUUUCUCAAAUGGACAAGGAAUACCAAAUAGGGACCGAUUCGAUAUUCCACCUACAUGGAUUUGACCGCCCAGUUAUCCUCAGAUCUCAUACUGGGACGAACACAUAUUCGUUCGUGUCAAUUUGCGGUAUAUCCCUAUCACGGCCUGCAAACGGGGAGAAAUGGUACAUUCCCUGUGAUAUAGAUGAAAGUAACGUCGCCGAGAUACAUGCAAGGCUUUCUGAAGAGGAAUGCACAAACAUUCUGGCUUUCCACGCUAGACUGUUGGAAUUAUGUGGAGCCGAGCGAGCAGGCACUUCUGGGGACAUGGGCGUUGACCAAACUAGCUUUGCGAGGCUCGCAUUUCUUGAUUUCAGCAUUCUCGCAUCGGCAAAUUUCAGAGCAAUGGAGUCAAGGUUAAGAGAUAAUUGGCGUGCAAUGCAUGAAAAGCUCCGGUGGAUGUUCCGCGACCAAGCUGCCGUCUGGAAAUUCAUUCAGGAUAUGGAUCAGGGAAACCAAGAGGAAAUUUCAGGCAAAGACACAAUGGCAAUUAGGCAACAAAGAAGAGUGAAGAUCAACUAUACGAUGGAGUUCCCGGCUGAAUACUCUUGGGACAUUCGGCGAUUUUGCUGGUCCUUUUUACGACCUGCAACCGCGGCCCCGAAAGCAUCGGAUGACUCUUGGAACCCAGUAUACAAGGCAUUAAAGUAUCAUAUUGCCGAUAUUCAAUCAUGGGCAAAAGCAACCGAAGAAUUAAUGAAUGCCAUUGACUUUUCACGGAUGGUGUUGGGUAGCAGAUGGGACGUUUUCCCCGGAAUAGGUCUCCCAGGAAAGUGGCGUUCGAGAUGGGAAAAUUUUUCCAAGGCAAGAGGAGCAGGCGGUUACUUGCCAGCAAGCGAGGCGUCUAACCCGGAGUGUUACUGGGACUGGUCAGAAUUUGAGCACUGCCUGGAACAAAGGGAAAGGCUAUUGGAUCAAACCCCCCCUCCGUCGUUGACCGCGACUGAGAACUAUAGGGUGAAAUCGCAUAUGCUAUUCAAGAUAUUGGGUAUGCAGUUAGAUCCCAUAUCAACUGUCAAAAUUGUCUAG